AGUUCUCGAAAAAUCUAAAAGGAAAAUCAUUCAAUUACUUUCUUGACAAAGGCACGAAGCUGCAAACGUUUACUUAAACAGGCUCUCGCGAUCCAACUUUAAAAAAACGACUCACAAUGAAUGGACUAUUCCCUAAGGAUACAAUUAAGAUCACAGCGGAAACUGUUGGGGUUACAAACUUAAAAGACAAAGUGGCUGCUGCGCUGGCAAACGAUGUGGAAUAUAGGGUCCACGAAAUAAUACAGGAAGCGAACAAAUUCAUGCGUCACUCAAAACGCACGAGACUUACGGGAGAAGAUAUUAAUAAUGCUUUACGUGUUCGUAACGUAGAUCCAUUAUACGGUUUUAGUCUGAAUGACAAUUCAAAAUUCCAACGUAUUACGAACAAUCAACACGAUCUUUUUUAUGUUGAAGAUGACGAAUGGGAAUUCGAAAGCGUUAUUAGUUCGGCAAUGCCUAGAGUUCCUACUGAUGUUUCUUUUAGUGCUCAUUGGCUUGCGGUAGAAGGUGUACAACCAGCAAUACCUCACAAUCCAACUCCACCUCCACCGCUUGAAGAAGAAUCCAAAAUGGAAGCACGCAAAAAAUACGUACCUAAAAAUGAUGAUUUACAAGUUAAAGCUGGAUUACCUGUUACAAACAAUGUUGAAGUUAAGCCUUUGGUACAACAUGUUUUAUCCAUGGAACAUCAAAUUUUUUACGAAAAAGUUACUAAAGCUAUGAAAAGUGAGGACUCGAGAGAUUCAAAAACAAAAGUUAAUGUUCUUAAUAAUCUCGAACAUGAUACCGGAUUAGCUCAACUUCUUCCAUAUUUCAUACAAUUUAUUUGUGAACAAAUUGGAAUACACGUAAGGAAAAACUUUAAUGUUUUAGAGCCAAUGUUGAAAAUGGCCGAGGCUUUAAUUAACAAUAAAAGUCUUUACUUGGAACCCUAUCUGCAUAAUUUGAUGCCGGCAAUAUUAACCUGUGUGGUUAGAAGGAAAUUGGGACUAUCUAUGGGAGAGAAACAUUGGUCUUUACGUGAAUUAGCUGCACGUAUCCUUGCCAAAAUAUGUGAUCGUUAUGGCGGAAGUUACAAUACUCUUCAACCUCGAAUUACGAGAAAUUUAAUGAGCUGUUUUAUGGACACUAGUAAAUCUUUAUACACUCACUAUGGAUGUAUAGUUGCUAUGGGUGCUUUAGGCCGUGAAGUGAUUAGGACCAUAUUAGUUCCAAAUUUGAAAACUUACGGUGAUUUACUUUCAACUUAUGCGAAUGAUAUUGAUCCAAUAAAACGUGACGCUGCUGCUAGAUGUUAUAAUACUAUUGUGGACAAAUUAGCGAAGUUAAAAGAAACUGUAGAUCCCUUGAUUGAUAUUGAAUUACAAAAGACUCCGAUUGAUGAUUUACGUGAAAGAUUAGAAGAUAAGAUAGGCAAAUAUUUUGCGGAUGGUGUACUAAGACAGAUUGGCGACGAACAUGUCAUUAUGGCAAUAAUUAAUUCUUAGAAGUUUGUCAUACAAAGUUAUAACUUUAUUUUCACCUUCUUCUGGAAUUAUAUUUAAGAAUCACAGUUGUUAACACGUAUAACACGUAUAAUAAUAAAUUUUUUUGGAAAUAUCAUAUUAGUAUAUAUAUGAAAUUUCAAAUUAUUAUUUAUUAUUAUUAUUAUUAUU